UUUGCAUCUAGUUAUAUCUAUAUACAGUACAUGUGAUAUCUACCAUGUCUAACAUAUCUACCAUAACAUGCGGGCGUAGUUUGUCGGCUAUCGGCUACAACAUGUAUUAUUGGAGCUACCUAGCAUCGCGUUUGCUCGGCGUCACAACUUUCUUGCCUCCUCCCCGCUCCUGCUCUGCUCUGUCGUCUCGGGGAAGGCCUUUCUGGCAGUCACUGCAUGCGUUGGGCCCGAGGAGCAAAGUGUGAUCUAAGGAGAAAGAUACGCAAAACAAAAAAACAAGAAAGGAACCCUGCCUUAAGAAUUCUUAUUCCUAGAGGAUAAUAACGUGCGAUGGCAACAAAAAUGACACUUUCCAUUAUUUUGAUCUUUAUACUCAUCUGGUGUUGUCCAGUCAUUCCCUACCGGACUCCCCAACAUAGGAUUGAUGAUCCAGAGAUCAGAAGGGAACACACAGAGCAGGACUACUAUCGUGAUGCCAGGAGCAGAGAGUGUCAGCGGUGCUGUGACCCGGGAGAAUAUCCCAGCCAGGAAUAUCCUCGGUACCAGAUUGUACCUCAAAUCAACAUUACCUUAUUGAAAGGUGAGAAAGGGGACGUCGGUGGAAGAGGAGCUUAUGGAAAACCAGGCAGAACAGGCCCGAUGGGCCCACCAGGUUCCGGCGGAACCAAAGGCAGCAAAGGUAGCAUGGGUGUUCCAGGCGAGCCCUGCAAAUCCCACUUUGCAGCCUUCUCCGUGGCUCGCAAGAAGGGUAUCCACUCCAACCACUAUUACCAGACGCUGACCUUCGACACAGAGAUUGUAAAUCUUUACGGACACUUCAACAUGUUUUCAGGUCAAUUUUACUGUUACGUGCCAGGGAUUUACUAUUUCAGUCUGAACGUGCACACGUGGAACCAAAAGGAGACUUACCUCCACAUCAUGCACAAUGAAAAGGAGGUUGUGGUGCUCUACGCCCAACCUAGUGACCGCUCCAUCAUGCAAAGCCAAAGUCUGAUGUUGGAGCUCCAGAGAGGUGACCAGGUCUGGGUCAGACUCUUUAAAGGAGAGCGGGAAAAUGCUAUUUUCAGUGAUGAAUUUGAUAUUUACAUCAUAUUCAAUGGACAUCUGAUUAAACCCACGGAUGAACUUUAGCUAACGCAGUGGUUUAAAUUUAACGGGAAGAUCACUAGCAAUGGUGUCAUUUGUAAAAUAUUAGUAGGAAAAAAAAUGUUGCUUUAACAUAGUGGUGGAUCUCAAGUAAAUCAGGUUGUUAUACCUUAAAAUGUAAAUAGGCCACAUGAAAGAAAAAUCCAAUCCGUCAAAAUUUAUUUGGCAUCAAUUUGGGCUACUGCAGAUAAAAAUAGAAUUCUUGAGGGCAGAACCAAUGGCGUACCGCAUGCAACACGUGAGUUUUGCUCAUUAGUAUUCAUGACGUUAGCAAUUGUUGCUAGGCGGGUGAACCUCAUGUUUGUCCCUAACAGUAAAUGGGGGGAAAUGGUGUACGAACGAGAUGUUUACUGAGCUAAACCUACCAAUUCUGUCUGAAAAUGAUGUCCCUGGUACAAAAUUACAAAUUUUGAGUUAAAGAAAUGCCUUGAGUGUCGAGGGCUGAAAAAGACCUGAAAAGGAGCCGACCUGAUCCAGAGUUAGCUUUUUUUAUAGACACCUUUUCCUUGUGUUCAUUGCCUUAUGCCACUGACAAUGACAUUCUCCUGUUUCAACAAUCUAUCCUUUACCACCAUAUGCCCUGUCUUUCUUAUAUAUUAUAUCCUCUGUUUGUCUUGCGUCUCUGACCAUUCUUGGGGGCAAUUUACAUUGCUAUUUUCGUGUAGCAAUCACAAAUGCUACUCAGUGACAGCCAACGAACACUUUGAAUUUUUUCAUUAAUAACAAAUCUUAAUUCUAUCAUUUAUUUACACUUCCCCCUUACUAAAGUUUUUUUUUUUUUGUUUUUGUUUUUUUUUUAAACAUAAGAAAAGGUAACAGUGGCAGUCAGAUACCAUUUUAGUUUUUUCAGGUCAUUCAUUGUCAGACAGAAGCAGCACGGCAAAACGCCACGCUAAAAAUAAGUAAAAAUAUCCAAAUGUCUUACCUCUUCGUCCUCUGUAGGACCAUGGCCCCCAACAAAAUGUUUACUGCAUAUGAAAUGUGAAUGGCUUCACCUUGCUGGUGUUAAACUGGUCUUUUUGACGUCUUCACAAGUUGAUCCAUUCUUCACAUUUUUUCCUCCGAGUUUUUGACUUAUGAAGAAAAAAUCCUUCAUACAUCGUAAUGUCUAGAGUCGUUUCUACAAGUUCCAUAGCAGCAGUGUUUGACCGGCAUGUUCUUUUUUGAAACAUUACCGGAGGAAAAAAGCAGAAAUAACAUGGAUUUGAUGCGAGGGCGUGUCUGUAACGACCCACUUCCGCAUUACAAUGGCGACGUCACGGUCUAAAAAUAGCAUUCGUGCGUACGCUAUGGCAAAUGAGCCAACAAUGAUCCCUCGCUUUAUCGUGCUACAAAUUUCGCGCCCCCAGACUAUCGCGGAUAUUUUUUCAAUUAAAAACAAAACAAAAUUUUAUUUUAAAAAGUUGAUAUAUGCAUGUAUACAUGUGCAAAAGAUUGUUUUCUUAUAUAUAUAUAUAUAUAUAUAUAUAUAUAUCUCAUAAUUAUUACAUUGAGAGUGCUUUAAAAAACAAAAAUAUACACUAACAUACAGGUAGUCCCCAUUCCUACACAGGGGAUGUAACCCGAUUUUCCGCGCAUGUUGGAAAGAACCCUUUAAGUUAUCCUAAAUCUCAAAACAACUAUACAAAAAGUCCAAAAUAUUUUAUUUUGUUUCAUUAUGGAGGAUACACUGCCCUCUGGUGGCAGUGUUGAGUCUGGCUAGACUGUCGCCUUGUAUGAUUGAGGAGCAGACUCUUUUGACAUGGCUAGACAAAGACAGCUGCGCUCUGGUUUGGCCCACAUGAUUCUGUAAGUUGUUUCAGCUAACGUAUGUUUGUGUAUGCAUUUGUAAUUAAGUUUAGAGCUACUGUUUGUGCAGUUAUCUGUGAGCAAUUUGCCAUGACAACUGUAAAUACGUUAGCAUUUAAGCUAGCGGACUUUUGUCAUGCAAAUUGUCACAUAAGACGUGUACAUCGUAACCUAGUGACUACCAGGAUAAUUAAAAAAAAAAUAAUAAUUUGGGAAUAAAAGGGGAAAAAACAUGUCUUAUAGGUAUCAUUUUCCAAUGCUGUUAAAUCUGAGUAAUGUAAAUACUGUACAUUAAACACAACCCCUAAUUUUUUUUUUUUUUUUUGGGAAAUAAGCUCCACCGCUACUUCGAGAACUUUCGUUUCCCAUUAACCGCGAAAACGAGGGAUCACUGUAUAUAAUACUUAGUCACAUUUGUGCAAAUUUUUAAUCAUCUCAUUGUGGUGCAUUUAGUUUUACAUUGCCAUUUGCCAGUAAUGAACAUAAUAAAUAAUGACUAGUAAGUGUAUGUUAACAAUACAUUGUUACCUUAUAUAUUCACAUUUAAAUGAGGAUGAUUAUAGAAAGGGUCAUGGCUUUGUAUAGACAUAUACAUUUAUUAUUUCAAAAUGAAUAUUAUAUUUAAUGGUGGCACAAACAACUGAACGAACAAACUCCAUUUAUCUUGAAUAACCACACAAUAAAUGCAAAAAGUCUACCACCAGCAACACUAUAAAACAGUGCAUUACUUUGCCCUUGUUUUAUGACAAAGCCUUCUCAGUUGUAGAAGUAGAUAUAGAGUGAAUUAAAUUAUAUAGUUGCAAUGAUACAAUCUACUUUUUCCAGACUGAAGCAUUUUUGUCUUACAGAUAUUAAAACGUGUAUGAUAUGCACUAUACGCGUUUAAAUUUUGUGUAUUUGACAUUCUCUUCCAUGAGAUUUGAUUUCAAAUGUCAUUUUAUUGUGAAAUAAAGAGAUAUUAAAACAAACAAGGGAAAUUAUGACAAUGGUUC